AUGCCAAGAUUAGACCAAGUUCAUGGAGGAGGCCCUAGUGAGCCGAAUGUACCAGAGACCCAGCAGACACUUAAAAUGAUUCAAGACCUUUUGAAUCACAUGAUCCAGCAACAGCAGCAUAACCAAGCAAACCAUUCAGCAGAAGAUCCAUCCGAGCGCUUUCUAAAAUUGGUAAUAAUGAUAAGGAACCUAGGACUUCGCAAGUUCAAAGGAGACUUGAACACGGUGUUUGCAGACGCGUGGAUAAAAGAAUUAGAAACUAACUUUGAAAUGUCAAGAUGUUCGGAGGAGUUUAGAAGACCGAUUGUGGUUAACUUCUUAGAAGAGGAUGCUCGUGCAUGGUGGGAUAGCGUAGUUCCUCGUUAUCGAUUUCAGACUAUAUCAUGGGAGAUAUUCUGGAGGGAGUUUGAGCAGAAGUACUUUCCACCAGAGUCGCGUGAUCGAUUAGAGAAUCAGUUCCUGCGACUGAAACAAGGUGAUAUGACUGUUCGAGCCUAUGGAAGAAUUUUUACAAGACUUCAGAGAUAUUUGUAUCAAGAAAACGAUGAUGAGUUAGCCAUGGCCCGGAGAUUCUUUAACAGACUCAGGCCAGACAUAAAGGGAAGGUUGCACGCUGUGACAUACCAAAGUGUCGCAGAAGUGGAAGAGAGAGCGGUGAGUGUUGAGGAGGCCAUCGAGACGGAAAAGGAGAUUACGGCUCAGGAAAGAAAGAAGGAACCAGUGCAACAGGAAGGUGAAUCAAGUAGCAGGACGAAAUUGGGGCGCAGGCCGUGGGCACUAUGCGACCUCAUGUCCAUCAAAGCCGACCAAACAGAACGUCCAAACUGUGAACCGUGCCCAGACAGUGCAGUAAGUGAAGGAACCCCCAGCGAAGAAGUAGCAACCCCAGCAAAUGUUUUUGCUUUAGGAGUAGAACCACCUAAACUUCCACAGGCAGCAAAAGGCCCUAUAACAGGAACAUUACUUGUUGGUGGUAACCCCACACAUGUAUUGUUCGAUUCGGGAGUAUCCAAUAGUUUUGUGACUCCCGAAGUGGCUAACAAGUUCGGAGACUUGUGUGAGGAGGUAGAAGUGAACAUCAAUGUCUACACUGCUAGUAAUCAACCGCCUCUGAAGACAAGAAGAUGGUUCAAGGAAGUGUCGAUAGUCUUGCAAGAUACAAACCUCCCGGUAAAUCCUCUAGUGAUGCCGUUAGAGAGAUUCGAUGCUAUUUUGGGAAUGGAUUGGUUGUCGGAGCACCAAGCCCAUAUAGACUGCAGCAGGAACAGAGUUUUAUUUGAAAAUGGAGGAAGGACACCUCUAGUUUUCAAUGGAAUUAGCCCGAGUAAGACGGCCUACUUCGCAUCGGCAGCAAGGAUUGGAAGAUCAUUCGAUGAAGAUGAUGUUUAUCUAGUCAAUCUUACCGCUAUGGGAGGAGAUGACAAAGAAGGCAUGAAAGUUGAGGACACCGCCGUAGUCAAGAACUAUGAGGACGUAUUCAGACCGUUAGAAGGAUUGCCUCCACCAAAGGAACCAUCCUUUUACCAUAAAUCUUGA